GCAGCGUCCCUUCUCUAGCAGCUGGUCUUCUCUUUGGUGGCUUAGCAGGACUAGGUGCCUACCAGCAGUCCAAAGAUCCGAAGAAUGUGUGGCUUUCCCUCGUGGCCUCUGGAACCUUGUCUGCUGUUAUGGGAAUGAGAUUUUACAACUCCAAAAAAGCAAUGCCUGGGAUAAUUGCUGGUGCCAGUUUACUGAUGGUUGGACGGCUUGGAUUGCAGAUCAUGGAAAAGCCUCUUAAGCCAUAAGUCUGCAUCAAAUCACUUGAAGAUAUGUGAAUGAGAAGCCUGAAAAUGCAACUGCCUAAAUGUGCUACACAAAGGUGGAAAAGGCACUGCUGUCUGUGCAUUGUAUUUUUAAUAUCCUAACGCAUCUGGGUUGUGUUUUUAAAGGACCGACAUUCAGAGCCCUUGUUACGUCUUCCAAAAUGGUGUUUGUCUUAACAUUUUCUGCACUGUGAAGCAAGAAAAUACAAGUACAGCAUUUAGUUUAGCUUCUGGCCCUGCAACUUACUGUAGGUAAAGACCUCUUGGCAUUUGCAUACAGACAAGUUGCAGGACUGAAGCUUAAAUGUACAUCUGGACUUGCCAUCCUAAAAUCAUCUAUACCUCU